ACAUUUGCGAACCUUCUAUAAGUGAGACAGUGAAUACUUCAAUCUACGUGGCACCCAGAUCAAAGAUUAAGGAAUUAAGUUUGGUUCGAGAUCAAUUGAUUGCAAAAUUUGGAAAGAAAUUCGCAUUAAAUGCGAUCGAAAAUAAGCAUAUUAUAUAUAAUGUAAAUUGGAAAUUAGAUCCAAGCGUGGAAGAUUCAUUUUUAGGAUCUUCUCCGAUUCUGAUUGUCUUGUCCUGCCCUCAACGACCUGAUAACGAAAAGAAUGACAAACUUGGUAGACCACCAUCACCGUUAUUAUCACAAGACCUUUCUCAAAAUAAUUAUGUUUUAACAAACUGA